UUAAAGAUAUAAUAAUACUGACACUAUAUAACUGUUCAAUAACUCUGGUGAUACAGUGGUGCUACAGUGAUCGAGUGAUCAUAUCAACAUGCAGUUCUGCAGACUAUUGCUUUUUACACUUUUCUUAAAAGUUGCAAACAGCGACGUGACAAGCAAGACAAAUGACAUAAUAUCACGCCUUACACAUGAAAUUAAUAAUUGGAUAACAGUAAAUGAAAAAUCUGAAGAAUUUCAACAGUUAAUCCAUAAUCUAUCUCUUCCAACCAAUUUGUUGCGUAAAGAUUGGCGUAGUUUCGACGGUGAAAGUAGCGAAAAUAUUUGCAUAAUAUGUAAGUCUGUCCUAAAUACUUUUAUAGAAUAUCGUAGACAGGGCAUGUCAACAGAAGAUAUAAAGAGUAAAGUGAUUAAAAUUUGUACUCUACUGAAAUUGCAAUCUCCACAAGUCUGCGAUGGUGUGGUAACUAUCAAUUUGCCGAUAAUUUUACAUAUCAUAGAUUCAAAGCCUAAUCUAACGGCAGAUACAAUUUGCGGAGUUUUACUAGAAUCACCGUUUUGUCCACUUGAUAAUAACGAGUUUAAUUGGACAGUCAAUAUUGAUGAUGGUCUCCCAAAAUGGAUUAAACCGGAAGAGAGCAAUGAAACCAUAAAUAUAUUGCAAAUAACAGAUAUUCAUUACGAUCCUAAUUAUGAACCUUAUGGUAAUGCAUAUUGCAAUGAACCAACUUGUUGCCGAAAAGGACAAAACGAUACAAAUACAAGCGACAAGGUGGCAGGUUAUUGGGGAGAUUAUAAUUAUUGUGACAGUCCGUGGCACACUGUUGUUGAUGUCCUAGAUCACGUUACAGCUGAACAUCAAAAUAUUUCCUAUGUUUACUUCACUGGUGACAUAAUAGACCACGGUGUUUGGGAGACUAGCAUCGAGGGAAAUAUAGAAAGUCUGAACAAAAGCUAUCUUCAAAUUUAUGAAACGUUCAAAAAUAUUCCUGUAUAUUCUAUUCUGGGUAAUCACGAGCCGCAUCCUGUAAAUCAAUUUGCACCUAGGACUAUUACUAAUAACGAGAUAAGCACACAAUGGUUGUAUAAACUGAUGGCUGAUUUAUGGAUUGGUUUCGGAUGGUUACCGAAAUCUACACGUUCUACCAUUCUACAAGGCGGAUUUUAUACGGUUUCGCCUAAGAAAGGAUUUAGAAUUAUAGCUUUGAACAAUAACGUGUGUUAUAGCUACAACUGGUGGAUACUGUAUCAACCGCAAGAUCCUGAUGGUCAGUUGCAAUGGUUGGCGGAUACGCUUUCGCAAGCUGAAGUGGAUGAAGAGUAUGUGCACAUAUUAGCGCACCUUCCUCCUAGUAAUACAGAUUGUCAAACUACGUGGAAAAGAGAAUACGUCAAAAUUGUCAACAGAUUUUCCCACAUCAUUAAAGCACAAUUCAACGGCCAUACGCACAAAGAUGAAUUACAGCUAAUUUACGGCAGUGAUGAUAACAGCAAGAUUAGUAACGUCGCUUGGAAUGGUGGUAGCAUAACUACUUACCAGAAUGUAAAUCCCAAUUAUAAGCUUUACACUAUUGACAGUAAAAAUUACGAAGUCAAAGAUUUCGAGAAUUGGAUAUACAAUUUGACUUUAGCGAACAUUAAUUCUGACCAACGGCCGUUAUGGUAUAAGUCAUAUUCGUUUAAAGAGGAAUAUGGACUUUCCGACUUGACAUACAAUUCGUUACAAACUUGGUUGUUUAAACUAGUGAACGACGAGAACCUGCUAAAUCGUUACUACAGGAACUAUUUUAAACAAGCUGAACCAUCACUGAUGGAGGAAUGCGAUACAAAAUGCAUGAGAGCUUUUAUAUGCCAAGUAAUUGUGAGCCUGGGAGAUCACGAAAUUAAAUGUGAUAAUUAGUAGUCUUGAAUUAAUUUACAUUUGACCAAAUUUAACCUAAUGCAU